UAAUCCCAGCUGAUGGUAGGGAGGGGCUCUUCUGGGAGGCAGCCAUGUGGUGAACAUUGAGCACAGUGUUUUCCCCCCCCUCUUCUCUCCUUUUCUUUUCAGACGUGCAAAAUUGUUCUAUGCUGCCGUAGAUGUGAACUCCUUGCCGCACCGCCUCUGUCUCGUCUCUUCCAGAAACUCAAGGGCCUGAAUUACGAGCAGCGGAGAUCUAAGAUCUCACUGAAUCUGGAUGGAAUAUGGACAGGGAGAUGAAUAGCAGAAGGAAAGAAACAGUGAAGUUGGUUAUUUUUCUGGCACAUGGAUGCAAUUACACUCGGUGCAUUCCAGAGGCGUUCCUUUGAGUUCUGUGCAGGUCUGCCUGCCAUUCCUGGGAGAAAGGAAAAAAAGGGAGGAAAAGUCCCUCUCUCGCCUGGAGACGGAAUGUCUGCACUUUCUAUCUUCUUUUUAGCUUCCUGUUCUGUUUGGUUAUCUGAGGCUCAGACUGAAUUCAAGAGAGUGGCUGAAGAAAACGUGACUUUGCCCUGCCACCACCGCCUGGGCCUCCUGGAGCAAGGAAGCUUGGAUAUCGAGUGGCUGCUGCACGUUUCUGAAACAGUACAAAAAGCGGUAAUCACUUACUCUGGAGGCCAUGUUUAUGAUGACCUGAAUGAGGAACAGAAAGGCCGUGUUUCCUUCACUUCCAAUUUUCUUGCUGGAGAUGCGUCCUUGCAGAUCAUAUCCCUGCAGUCCAGUGAUGCAGGAAAGUACAUAUGUAAAGUUAAAAAUGCUGGGCAGUACGAAUGGGCUCGCAUCACCCUGAAGGUUGUAGAGAAGCCUUCCAAGCCCAAAUGCUGGCUAGAAGGGGAACUGCUGGAAGGAAAGGAACUUUCCUUGCAGUGUCAUUCUGCAUCUGGCACCGCACCCAUCUCCUACCGAUGGCAGCGCUUAAGUGAGGACGAAGAGAGAACUGAACAUCUCCCCCCUACAUCAAGAGUCAACAUAUCUAAUCCUGGGCAAGUCCUACUGAAGAAUCUCACACAGAUGACCACAGGUUUAUACCAAUGCAUUGCCACCAACGAGGCUGGACAAGAAAGCUGUGUUGUUCAGGUGACAGUGCAGCAGGCACAGAAUAUCGGCAUGAUUGCUGGAGCAGUUUGCGGAGUGGUGGUGGGACUUUGCCUUCUUCUCCUGGUGGUGAGGCUGACGAUAAGGAGGAAAGAAAAAAAGAGAUAUGAAGAGGAGGAGGCCCCAAAUGAAAUCAGAGAAGAUGCAGAGGCACCCAAAGCCCAUCUUGUCAAGCCCAGCUCCUCUUCCUCUGGUUCCAGGAGCUCGCGUUCAGGUUCCUCCUCAACCAGGUCGACAGCCAAUAGUGCCUCUCGCAGCCAACGGACUUUGUCGACGGAAGCUACUCCUCACCUAACUCCUCCCCAAUACAGCCAGAAGGAGACGGAGGGAAGGGAAACUGAGCCAAAGAAAGUUGACUACGCUAACCUGAUGAAAAUGGGAGCCACGCUGGUCAUGGUGCCUGCCCAAAGCCGAGCAUUCCAGACCGUGUGACUGCUUACCAGCCACUUGGAGACUGCUGCCGUCCAGAAACACUUCACGUACCACCAGCCACAUAGGAAUAGUUAGAUUAGCUUGUUAUCUUCCUAGUCAGCUUAAUUUUAAUCACUUCUGAUUAUCCACACCACAAGAAGCCCUCCCACUCAAAUCUGUCGUACAUCUUCCUGCACUGAGGUUCUGAUACAGUUUUGUUUUUUUAAGAUAAAUUUGAGGGAAAAGGGAGCCUUCUUUUUAAAUUAACUCUUUAGGAAAUGGAACAUGAAGCAUUUUAAAACUACAGCUGAAAAAUGUCAGCAAAGCGCUGUAUAAAUGAAAUGAAACCAAACCUCAGGAUUUUUUAAAAGGGAUCAACAGAGGCAAAAAGGCGUACGAUGUUGUGGUGAGGUUUACAGGGGAGGGGAAAGUCUUUUGUCUUUGUUUUGGUGAAGUUUCUAAAAGAACCAUCAUCUUCUCUGAAGUUUUUGAGGCAGCUUCUCUGCUGAGGAUUGUCUGCUGAGCAGCCUCGAGGGGAACUGACAGCUGCCUCAUGAUUUCUGCAUUCGGUCUCCUAAUGAAAUACUUUUGGAGGCUGUUAACCGAAGCAGAAAGGAAAGGUAACUCAGAAAGGUCCAGAGAUGUGGCAUUAAGGCAUGUGUCUGAACUAACCUCUGUACUAAAGAAAGGACCCUUCAUGUCAAGGGAACAGGUGCUUAACUGCCAGAAUAAACUUAAUAAUGCACCGAUAGAUAUGGCCAGGAGCCUGACUCUGCUCUUGUGGUCAGCACUGUAAAUCAGCAGUAACUCCACUGGAGUUGUCUGUGUCAAAUGAGCCUUAGUGAGUUGAGAAUGAGAUGCUGAAUCCAAAAUGAAGGCAGCACCUCAAAAAGUAAGGGCCACUAAUCUGCCAAAAAGCCCUGGAGGAAGCAUUUAGAAGAUAUUUUUCCUAUUGCUGUGCUGUGAAUUUGCCAAUUUGGGGAUGAGCCGUGCUGUAGAAGCCUUAUGGAGAGCUCUUCCCAAGGCUGAAUGAACAGCAUCCUUAACCUGACCUUCAGGCAUCCAGGUAAGAGUGGGCUGACAGAGCAUAUUGUGAGGAAAAAGGAAAAUACACCGGGGCUGGGAAAACAAAUGCAAAACUAAUGGAAGAAAAUGUCUGUGCGCGUUGUCCCAUUUUACAUCAAACGCUGGGCCUCGUUCUGUUGCUGAGGCUUAAACUUAAGCAGGAUUCAAACGAGCAAGGAUCAUACAAAUAUUUUCUGUGAUUAAAUUAGCCAGAAUAAACAUUUAUAAGGGAUAUAAAGCCUUAUGCUUCAAGUUGCAAGCCAAACAAGAAAUGGUGCGAGAUAGGGCCAGGCUUCUGCAGGCAGCUGCUCCUGUAACUUUCUCUCGUUUACACUUUCCUCUGAAGGACUUGGCUCUGGCCACUGCUACACACAAGACACUGAGCUUGUAGGUCCUAAAUUCCUGUACUCUUAAAUUGACAAUUUUCUAUAUGGGCCUGAUUUUUUCAUUUGAGGGAGGGGAGGUUUUCUUCAGUUUGUGGAAGGACUCCACAGGAGAUGGAUCAGCACAGAAGAACCACAAAUCUGUAUUUCUGUCACUCCGGGGAUGAUAAUUAACAUCCUUCUCUGACUGAGGCCCAGCAUUCUGGGUUCUUUGCCUGAGAUCUUAGAAAAACAAACUUGCUAUAACUUCUCCAGGAGUACCAAAAUCUGAUCAAAACCAAGCCUUGGAUUUUUACUUCCUCAUGGGAAAUAGUCUUGUAAUGCAACUCACGCUGUAUCUGAGAGCUUCACUUAAUAGCAGUCACCGAUUCUCCUCACAUGCAUUAACGUGUAACUUGAUCUCUGUACCCAAGAGUCAACCUAACCACCCUUAGUAGGAUAGAGUACCAAUCUGUUGAAUAAGGGAGGCAGUCUUGGAUCACCAAUUUAAACCAAGGAACCCUCUGAUAUUAGACAUUUGAUAAGCUUCUGUUUUCAUGACAGCUCCUGGUAUUGAACAUGAUGUCAUUUUACCUAGGCACUUGCCCCGGAUACUCCAAGGGCACGUUCCUGCCUCGGCCAUGUCUUGGUACAUGGUUGUGGCUGUUGCCAUUUGGAAGAUGCGGCUGUAAGUGUCUGGGAUUCCUCUGCAGUUUGCUCUUUGGCUGGGCCCCGAAGGCCUAGGCCGUCCAAAGCCCUUGCAGGACGCUCCAGAGCUGGAAAAGUGCUCAACAAGAGCACGAGCAGGACUUCUUAAGCAGUUUGUGUUUUUUAUGGUAGGUUACUGUUGAGGAGUGAACGCUACCUGCGUUCCCUCAGUGGAUUAUCUGAGGAUAUGUAUUCUGUGCGUAUAUGAACAGGAGCAAAUUUCUCAGUGAAGAACACAGGCUGGAGCAACCAGAGGCUUAUUAGCAGAAAAUAAGGGUAACAAUUCGAACAGUUGAGCUGGCUAAGGUCUAGGUACAAAAUACUUAGCUCGUUUCUGAGUCAUAGGCCAGACUUGCCAUUAGCUGAGUGAAGGAUUCUCUGUCUACAGCCUAGAGGCCGCUUGCUGCCAGCUAUGAGAAUUGGACCAGCCAGCUCCUGGCAAUCUCUUUCCUGGAGGCCUUUGGGAAUAGGCUGCAGGACAGAUGAGCCAUGACAGCCCUCUCCUGGCUUCCACCUUCCCUGGAGCAGGGAAGUCGCUCCCUGUCAUAUGAUGUACCUGUGUGAUGCAUGGGAGGAAAGGUUUAUGGACCUUAGGGAAAAGAGGUUAGUCAGGAGCGAUCAGUGGAGCCUGACCUGUCAUCUUUCCUAGCCCCUGCAGGAAGCAGGCUAUAUGCAUACAGCAGGCUAUCCAUGCAUACACUGACAGCACUGUAUAUACAGCGUGUGUCAGGAAAGACACUGUGGCGCUCUCCUGCCAUGGACGGAAAGCCUGAGCGUCACUCUGAUUUAAAACUGCAAAGUCUGUAAUGCUGUGGUGCUUUUCAGACCAUGCAUCAGUGAUCUCACAGGCAAACACAAGUCAGUUCUGCACUUCAGUUGCUAAGAGGAAGCCAAAAAGGGAAAAAGUUCCUUACUCCAAGGAAAUAUGAGAAAGAUCGUUUCAAAGGCAUGAGUAUUUUAUUUUCAAAGGGACGUUUUCUGAGCUCCGGAUAAUAGCAUCAGGAGUUUUACGAGGGAAGCAAAUGAACCAUAAGCCAAACUCUGUUUUGUAAAAUAGUGUAUUUAAAGCAUUUACUGUCAUAUACCAAUUAUUAUUAGAGUGUGAUUACACGCAUACAAUCUUAUGUAGCUUGCUUUUGUUUCUCAGCGGCUAAACUGAGCUUACAUCUAUCUCUCUUACCUGCUAUAAUUGGUGUACUUGUACUGUGUCUGAACACCUCGGAGGAAAGCAAAUAUUUAUUACAGAUUCCUUUGAAUCAAUGAUUUCAUAAUUUUUGUUUGGUUGUUUUAUAAAUAAAUGUGCUGCAGUGGAAGUGCUGCAGCUCAACUCAGUUUGUACUAAUGCUUCAUCUUCUGUGCUAUAGUAUGAUACACGCUCUCGCGCUAAAUUCAAGGUGUGGGGGCAAAAAUAUCAUUUUUAAACUAUUAAGGACUGUGUGUGUAUUUACACUGUCUAAAAACUGCAGGCAAGCCACACCUUAUCCUGGGGAUUUUUUUUCAGUGUAAAUUACAAGAUGCCGUAUGAAAUGUGAUGUAGAAUCUUGUAUUAAAGUAAAUGGGGGUUUGACUUCCAUGCAGCUAUUUCACCUGAGAUCUUUUGGCUGAGGGAUGUAGAUGCUUCAAGCUAAUGUAGUAAAUACUGCCAGUGCAGACACAGCACAGAUAAAAAUCUAACACUAACGCAGCUCUCCUCCUCCGUAUGCAACCUUACUUCUGAACCACCCUGUGUAUUUCAGUUUGUCUCCUAAACUGUGUGUGAGAUGACAAACCUUUAAAAUGUUAGAGCUGUGUACGGUUUAGAUCUUGCCUACAGAUAAAUGUUUUGAACCAGCUAACAGGAAUCUAUAGUCACAGAGAUGUAGGUGGAAUUUAAAUUAAAUAUGAUCGUGGUUGAUUUCUGUUGCAAUGGUUCAGCCUUCUUUCCCUAGGGUGCUUCAUGCAGACGUCUCCUAACAUCAGCAAUCUUCUUCUCUGUAGAAAGCGGUGAGUAAAAGUUGCAGCACAGCAGUUAAAGCACAAUGACAACCCAGUUGUCUGAUAGGCGUGUCCUUCUAUCUCCCUGAUUCACGAGGAAGGGCUGUUACUGCCUCCCUCCCCAGUCGAUGACACCCAAACUUCUGAGUAGGUAAUACUCAUCUCAAGUGGAGUCGUGCAAUUGCAUACUUUUGUACAGUACCAGGAAUCUUGGGUUAUUUUUAACCUGGAUCAGCUCAUACUGACACACUGAAGGGGGACAGCACAAUGGGAAAGAUGAUGAUCUUGGAAAGGACAGCACUGCCUUAGAAAUGCAUGAUUUUCAGACUUCAACUGGGGUGUGCAGAUGUUGCUGUUGUAUAGAUAACAAAUGCCAUUAUCAUGAAAAUGAAGCAUGCCUUUAACAGUCUCUGCUCUCUUCCUAAUUCUGUUGCAACAGUUAAAAGGAGAAGCAGUCUUUGAUCUAAGGUACUAAGCUGGCUUCAGAAAACAAUGUUGGAAUUCAUCAUUAAAAAAACAAAACAAAAACAAAAAAAGAGAACAUUUGUCAUUACCCAGCCUACUGGGCCUUAAUUUGUCUGACUUGCAGACAAUGGGCUACCUUUGUCAAGUACAGUAACAGCCUUUAAUUUCUAUUGUAAUGAGUUGCUUGCCUGACUGCCCUCCUCCCUGUACUAUCUUUCUUUAGGUUGCCUUCACCUGCCAUCAGUCAGCUGUGAAAAGUGUGGCUGCACAUCUGAGUUCCACUCUGUUAAUUUCAAGGUGCUAGUGGUGCUAUUCUUAGGUCCUACUGAAAUUCUGCUUGUUAUUUAAAAAAAUUUAAAAAACGUGGAGACAACCCCUUGCUAACGGGACAGUCCUCGUGAGACUUGAUGCAUGAGGUAUUCGGCGCAAGAGUUAACAUUGUACGGCUGAGAAGGAUCUGCCGGGUAGCACAGAAAGGAAUUCAGAGCUCCAGGAGCUGUACUCUGGACAGGGUGGAGUGUGCUUUGCAUGCCAUACUUGGUCAGCAAAGGGGCUGUGGUUCAUAUUGCCCCCCAUAGCCCUGUGUAUAAAGGCAAAGGAGGGUGGCAGCUCCUCUCCCUUCAUUGUCCUGCUGCACCUCCUGUCUCUCUAGUCUUGUGUCCCCAAGUUUCAACCCCAAGCUAUGCCUGGUGUGGUUACCCAGAGGUCCCAAUUCAGGUUCCAGCAUUGUCCAUGGCAGAGCAGAGAAAAUGUACGAGCCACAAACUAUCGUUUGACGUGAGUGACCUGCUGUGGGUCAGCAUUACCCAGAGCAUCAGCCGCAUGCAGGCUCCUAUCUGGUGCUAUGUGGCAAGAAGAAUCUGCAUGUUAGUGGCCUGAUAGCAAGUUACCAACCGUCAGCUGAUCCAAGGUAACUGCGUCAUACUCCUGGUAGAGGUAACUCAAAAUUGCUGUGAAAAGGUAAGUUCACGUAUGUGUGUCUCAGGAUAUAGGCAUGCACACAGGAAGUCAUCACAAAGAGCCAUUUGACUGGGAUAAGGUUUAAAGAUUUGUGAGCUCCCUGCAAGCACUGGACUUUAAGCCACUAAGAGGAAUGUUUUUGUCUGGGCCAGCUCAGUGUACAGCACCAGAAAUGCUUUUCCACGUUGUUCCAGUUUUAUACUGUAGAAGUUUGUUUGCACUUUUUUCCUGCUGCACAAUUUCACUGUCUAGCGAGGAUAUAGCUUUUGUUUAGCCCUUCUUCUCGUGAACUCCCUCUGACAUUUUCAUGUGGCCUUUUAUGUCAUGUAAACAUCUGAUGCAACUCACAGCACUGCUGAUGGGACCUGGCCUUAGGUGGUUUAUGACCUCUGAUCAGCUUUCAGCAUAAAGCUCUGAGACCAGCGGAAAGUUUGUGGCCGUCCGUCCACUCGCUGGAUCCCAAAGGAAGCUAAAGGAUCCCCAAGGAAGGGCAACAGUUUUCUGCUGAUGUUCUGGGCCUCUAUUUCCUUUCUACUGAAGUAAGUCCUACUGAGAGCACGCACCGAGAGAAGUGAGUAGCGCGGACAUAUGAUGAGGUAUCGCAUUACCCCUCUGCUCACUUUGGGGUGUUACACAACCAAGCAUGAAUAGCACCGGUUAUGGGCGAGGGAAAUCCACAAAGGAUUUAUGCAGGAUCAGAAAGUUGGAUCCUAGAGAGGCUGGAUUCUCCUUGGUGGAAAAAAUAGUGGGUCACCCUGAAACAACUUACACAAGGUGGUUUCCUCUGAGUGAGCAAGAAUUAGGGUUCGGUGAGAAAGCAGAGAACCUCACCUUUAACUUUAUGAAACAAAAAAUGGAAGAUUAGGCUUGCAACACACUGCCAGGAAGGAUUAUCAUACUGAGCAAUAUCGAGUGGGGCAAGUACUUUAGCAAGUCUUUAAAAGCAUUAGGUAAUGAGGUACGAGUAAGAACAACACAUGCGUAAAAAAUAGCAUAAAAAAUAAAAAUGCCAUCAUUUUUCUUAGGGCAGAAAGUGAUCGCUGGCAGUCUGUCACAGGGUAGGCCCUUUUCACUUUUGGCCCGUGCUGCCAGCUCCUGCUGGCUGCUGUUUCCUCUCAGAAAGCUGAAUACUCUCUUUCUGGACUGGAUUUCAUCACUGCAAAGAUGUAACACAGUACAUGCGGCUUUGAUUUGUCUGCCGUUAAUUUUGCUGAAGGGCCGAGUCUGUUAAGCGUGUGCCCCGGGGCACCCCUCCCGCAGCGCCCGGGCCGGGCCAGAGCCCGCACUCUGCUCCCCCCUCCCCGCACCGCGUCCUCCAUCUUGUCUUCCUCCCGCUUCCCCCCUUCCCUCUGCCCCCGACCCUCUAUGCAAAUGACCCUUACAGCGUCGCGAUCUGAUUGGUCAGUGCCAUCCCAGCGCGCCUUUCCGCGCCUUCCCCCGCGCGCUGAAAUAUGCAAACGAAUCUCCAAGUGCCGUGUCGCGAUUGGCUGCGAUUCACGCUCGCGCGCGCUUUUUCCUCCCUUCGCCUACUCCUUCAGUCUCCGCUAACCAGCAACGUCACCUUCAUGCAAAUACAGCCGCCGCGAAGGGGUUCUCAUUGGCUCCCGCGUACCCGAAGCUCCGCCCCGUACCUUGAGGGAGGGGGGGAUGAGCAAAGAGAAGCGGUAGAUGGGGGGGAAGAGAGGGGAAAACGCAUGAAGGUUCGAGAAUGCCGGCCGGCAGGCGGGCACGCCCCCUUCCUGUGUGCGUCACGAAGGGCGCGGGUUCCGGCGGACGGCCAUUGGCGGGAAGGGGUGUAGAAAGCGCGAGCGGAUUGGCUAGAGCGGCGAGCAGAGGCGGGCGCUUCUGGAAGGUUCUGAGGGGGUAUAUAAAGGCGCCGGGGCGGGAGGCGAGCGCUCUCAUUCAGCAGCAACCUCUGCGGAGCGUCUGCUUUUGUGCGUGCCUGGGCCUGUCCGCGCCGCUCAG